AUUCACCAACGAGAAUCUACUCAUAGCUUGAAACACAUACUACGAAACAGACUUCUCACAUCUACGGUCCCAUUGUCCGUCAAUGGUUGCAUCCAUCGUAUUGACCAAGCAAGCUCGACCUUAGCUACUACACCACUGCUACCACUCUACCUCUUUCCAUGUCGCAACUCCCAAUCAGUGAUGCGUCUUCUCUACCACCAAAACCUCCCUCACCUCCACAUCCUCCUCCCGCUACCGAAGAUGACGAUUCGCAACCACGAAAGCGGGCUCGAGUAGACGACGGCACACGAGAGCUCUCAUCAGAGAUCCCGCCUCCGGCAGCAUCAAACGUUCCCCAAGCACAACCGGUGCUCUUCCCCAUUCAACCAUUGAAUCGCUUCCACGGUGCAUCAGCGACUAUCAAGCGUCCUCGCGAGAUUGCGCACUUCUCGUACGACGAUGUUCAUGGAUAUAGGGAGGAUGAGUCGGGCAUUAAUUAUUAUUACCGACCUCCGAUCGGGGCGGAUUUGCGCGAGGGUUUUGAUACGUUCCAAUAUUAUGAGGAUAAGGAGGAUCCGCAUUUGGAUAGCUUGCUUAAGACACUUGUCAGCAAGGAGAAGCGGGAGGAUAAGAAAGUGCAGACGGAUUUUGUCACUUGGAGGGGGAUGAUGACCAAGAUCAUGACUGUUCCCUAUGACAUGUUCGCCGAAUUCGAGAUGCUGGCAACUUUACAUGAUGGAACAAUUUACAUCCACGAGGACUUCGAUGCGAAGGCAGCUUCCCGUGCUGCUGAAAAUGAUCCACCACGUACAAAUCGGCGUCCAGACCCCAAUCAGCAGUCGCGCGAGAUGAUGACGUACUGGGGCUAUAAAUUCGAGACCCUCGCUUUGAUACCUGAUGUUCCACAGAAAGUGUCACCAGAGUUCAUCGAAAACAGAACGAAGGCAGUUGUCUCGAAUUACGCUCAACACUGCUCGAUAGUUCGCACUGCAUUUGGUCCACACGGAAUUGUCCUUGGCGGGGAGGUAGACGGUCUAUGGCAUCCGAAAUCCUCCGACCCUGAUGCACCAAUACCCUGGAUCGAGCUCAAAACAUCCGAAGAGCUACCUCCUUAUCCGCACAAUCGCGACAUCCUGAAGUUCGAGCGUAAGUUGUUGAAGUUCUGGGCACAGAGCUUUCUUCUCGGUGUAGAGAAGGUCAUUGUGGGUUUCAGGAGUAAACAAGGGAUCUUGAAGGUGAUCGACGUGUAUGAGACUGUAAGGAUUCCAGGGAUGGUCAGGAGGGGAACAGGAUGUUGGGAUGGAAAUACUUGCAUCAAUUUCGCGGCCGCAUUCUUGACUCAUCUCAAGCAAACCAUUACAGGCCAAGGCGUAUAUCGGGUUCGACUGCGAAAGCGGGGCACGCAUAUUGAGAUCUCGAAAACAGCAGAGCAGGGAACUGGCAAGAUCCUGAGCAAGGAAUUCUUGGAUUGGAGGAGCGAAGAUAAAGAGAAGGAGACGGCCGGCGACGUGGACAAUCCAGCCGCAGAAGCUGAUCCAAGCAGUUGAAUGGUUAGAAAAGCUACUUCCGUGUCAAAUAAGACUUGAUGAUACCCAUACCAAUGAUAACCCGAAUUCAAUCCAUC